CCAUCUCGCCGAAACCGUGUCCUCCAGCACUCAAAAAUUAAAAAGUUCCAACCAUGUGAUAAACGCACUCGAAUUCCCCCGUCCUCCCUCCGUCCCCAACGCCCCCGCCUCCUCUCUCUCUCUUUCCUUCCGACUAUCUCGCGAUGGUCGGCGACGAUGACGCCCCCCGACUCGGCUCAGGCACGACUCCCGGCCCGCCGGCUCGCGUCUCGCUCGCCCCCUUCUCGCCCUUCAUCUCCCCGACCCCGCGCCGCCUCUCCAGCUGCUUCAACGAUCCGAGCAGGGCUGCGACCCCGGCGUGGAAGAAGCUCGCGUGGGUCUCCCUCCAGGGCCGCCUGGUCGGCGCGCAGGAGGCCACAUCGGCCAGCUCUGUAGGAAGGUGCUUGGCGCCGCCGGAAGCCGUGGCUUGGGAGCUGUUUAGUCCACUCCAACGGGUUCUCAUCGUUGCCAUCGUGGCCGUGGCCGCCUCCAAGUCGAAGAGAGCUCGGAAGAUAGCGCAACUCCACAGAUCCGUAGAUAUAAGGGAUCAGGUGCUGCUAAGCAUGCAGCAGAAGCUCGACAACUUGUGUGAGCAGAUGAAUUCAUUGCAGAACGAAUCAAUGAAACAAAGUAUAAACUUUUCAUCUGAGAAUCAUAGGUUUGCUGCUGCCCAGAAGCUGGGACGUAGAGGAGCUAAAUUGUGUAGCAACAGGUGUUCAAUUCUGGACUUGAAUCCUGGGAGUGGCAUUACUCCUCUUUGCAAGAACCUGUCACAUAGGCUCCAGGAUCUGAAUGGAAUAGAAUCUACCAAAGAUGAGAUGUUGAAGACCUCAAUCAUGAAUAUGGCGGAGCAAGAGGAGCGUCGAAUGUCCGAUUUGUCUGAUUUUUGUUGGAGUGUCACAUCCUCUGUAGAUAUUCAGUUGAACUCACUGGCGGCGGAGCAAGAAUUUUACAACCUUAGAAAUGAGUGUGAAGAGAAGGAUGUUACCAUAAAGGAACUGACUGCUGCUGCCCAUGCAUCCAGUGUUGCCGGCUCUAAGAGGAUUAUGGAGUUGGAGGAGAUCAUAAGAAGGAAAAAUAUGGUAAUAUCUAAAUUGAAGAAAGACAUGAUGUUUCUGGAGCAACAGGUUAUUGAACUAACAAGGCUUCGAAGAGCCUCUUGUUCUGCUUCAAACUCAGAUAUUAGGCAGCUCCCAGUCAUGGCAAAUAAUAUUCUCUAUGACAUGAGUAGUACUAGUCCAUCAUCUUCAGAUUGUGAUUCUCCUGUGGAACACAAAGAACUCCACUCUCAAGGAUCAAUUGCGUAUCAUAGUCCUCAGCAAGAAGCCUUUGCAGUGGUAGAGAGUCAGAGGCAACCUACAACCAAAUCCUUUUCUUCCUUAAACAGAUCUUCAGGGAGGCUUCAGAUGCGGCGCUCUGUUAGUCCUCUAAAAGAGAAUCGAAUGAUUCAGAGAGCUGAAUCAAAUGUGGUGCCUAGACCCAGGCAAUUGCUAUCUUGUAGUGGAGAUUCAAAGAGAAUUAAAAGGCAUACUCAGCAGCGAUCAAAGAACAUUUCUGCUCCCCAGAAGAGAUGGGUUUAAGUACUUUUGUUUAACUUGAAACAAGAAUAUUUCCAGAAGCAGCUCCAGAACUGGUACUACAGGGAAGUAUUGAUUAGGAAUGCGAGGAAGAAAACUGAAUGUUAUGAAGGCUACACAUAGCAUGCAUGGAAAGUAGCAGAGUUAUACUUCACAUUACAGAUAGUGGUUACUUCGAUAUUUUGCUGUCUUACUGAUGAUGGCAAUGGAGGUGAAUGAUGAUGUAAUCAUUGAACAGCCGAAACAUCUACAUAUCAGCACUUUACUGCAAUUUGUGUCAGGCACACUUUCUCCUAGUAUCGUUCUAUUCAGUGAGAUAGAAAAAUGUUGAUAUAAUUUCUUGCUA